AUGUCUCACGUCCAAGUUCUCUCCAUCACCACCGCCCUUCUGGCAUCAGGUGGCAUCGCCACUUUGACAUUCUUCGACAUUCCCGAGCUUCAAUCUCAACCAGCAUCUCGUUCCCUUCCUGCAGUUAGAUGGCUUUUUAGUCGCGGAUCUCAUGUCUUUCCCUCCGCUUCACUCAUCUCAACUAUCGGCUUCAUCUAUUCCGCAUCACUCGAUAAUGGAAGCUCCAGCCCCCUCUACUUCAUAUCAAAUAACACUUCCAAAACCAAUGGGCUUCUUCUUGCUGCAGCACUUUCAUUUAGUAUCGCACCGUUUACUCAAGUUAUGAUCCCUACAAACUUUGCUCUCAUUCGGGAGAAUAACAAACUGGGCGGAGCUAGAAGUCGGAGGGCCGCCGCGGAAGGUGACGCCUCGACUGACAGAAGUGCUUUCGAUUCUGUUAAGGGAAGUGGCGAGGGUGUUGAGUUCACCGAUCUCAGUGGGCCUCAGGAACGUACAAAGGAAGACUCAAAUCAAGAACAAGAUGAAAAGGUGAAUGCGUUGUUAGAGAAGUUUCGUUGGCUCAACCUUGUGAGGGCUGCGCUUAUUGGAGCUGGGGGCGUUGUUGGUCUCUAUGCUGCCCUCGGCUGA